GAAACCACCGCGGCUAAAUUUGGCGAGAGUGGGAAGGCAUAGGCAGGUGCCGGCGGUGAGCACGCCGUAAGAAUGUCGUCAUCAUCCAUAAGUGCUGGUAGAAGAAGCAGCAGGUCGAGAAAUCAGGGGGAUUUGACGAGAAAAUGAAGAAGGGGUGUUCCCUUCUUCCAGGUCUAAGGAAAUUUGCUUCGUGCCACGUGCGCUUCGAGCACCUGGCAAGUGGCCACAGGUCCACCGUCGUCAAUCUUUCGAUAACCACCAUCGUCAAUCUUUCGAUAUCCGAGUCACACUGAAACCUCUCACUCUUUCUCGCAAAACGGCCGGUUUGGGGAAAGCGGCGACUCUGGCUGCAGAUAUCGAGGAAUACAGGACGUAGAAGAAGGAUGACUUUGGGCCUGAUCAACGCCAACCCCGUGGUGCACGCCAAGAAGGAAAGGGUUGCUCGAGCAGAGGAUGCUCACAACGAUGAUGAUGCUGUCGAUGCCCUCGAUGUCUUUGAUUUCGUCCGGGAUAUUAGAGAUCCUGAGCAUCCUUACUCCUUGGAGCAGCUCAGCGUUCUGUCAGAAGAGUCCAUCACUGUCGAUGAAAAGCUCGGUCGGAUUCGGAUUACUUUCACUCCCACCGUACAACACUGUAGCAUGGCAACUGUAAUUGGUUUGUGCUUACGAGUUAAGCUGAUGCGCUGCUUUCCACCUCAUUUUAAGGUUGACAUUAAUGUGUCUCCUGGAUCUCAUGCAAAUGAAGAUUCAGUUAACAAGCAAUUGAAUGAUAAAGAAAGGGUUGCUGCAGCUUUGGAGAAUCCCAAUCUUCGCCAACUCGUUGAUGAGUGUCUCCAGUCUAGUGAACUUGGUGGUUGCUGAGUUGGCUACUUUUUCUGAACCAGCCAUACUACCUCCAGAAUGUACGUACCCAAGGAAGAAGUUUUCUUGCUAACAAAUGGUGACUUGAAGAUGUGUAUGUUGUGUUCAUUGCCAUGCAUAAAAACCAGAGUUCGGAAGAAAAUGUGACAACUUUCAUUUACUCUUCUUUAGGGAUGGAAUUCUUCCUGCAUGAGAUUCUUCCAACUUGGAACAAAGAUCUGAACCACCUGAACUUAUCGCGAGAGUUGCAAUUGAACCUUAGUUUUAGCAUUUACCAUCUGUGACACGUUGAAAGAAAAGUUCACAAUAAGCUUUUGAAGCUUGAACAUGUAUAACUUGUAUUCUUUACCUUUUUAGCUGUGCUUAGGUACGUACAGGCCCCUUGCAGUUUGUGUGGUAUAUGUAUCAGAUGCAGUACCAAACUUUGUUGUUGCUGGUGUUAUUGUUUUCUGGAAAUACGUCUAGAAGGAAUAUUUUAAACUUCC